UCUACAUAGCCAUGAAAGAAGCUAUCUAUCUGGUGUAUACAAAGGUUAAAAGUAGCUCAAAAAGGAAUAAAAGUACACAAAUGCUUAAUCAGCUGUGCAUUUACAAAGAUACAAACCGACACAUAUGUAACUAAAUGACUUUACAUACAUAAAUCUAGCUCAUGCUUUUACAUCCAUUUGUAUGUGUGUGCAUGUCUGCAUACCCAAGUGAGCGAUCAGAUGUGCAUACUUUGUACAAAAGCAAACCAGAUUACCAGGCUGCCCAUGUUGAAAUACACACAUACAAGUUUUGAAUGCAUACGAAGCGCACUUUCGAAAAGAGAUUGACUUCAUCCCCCAAGCAGUGACAGAAAAAGCAACAUUGCGAAGCAUAAAACAAAAUCAUGCAAAGUCCAUUUUCUCUGCGUAGUAGUGAGAGCCUACGACGAAAGCACGUUUGAGUGCGUUUUGAUGCGGCACCGACUUUGUGGUCUUUAAUUUUCUCUCCGUUUAUGCGCGUUGAAAGCAAACGAAACGCAUGAAAACGUAAAAAAUGUUAGUUGUUUUUGAAGCGUUGCUGUGUUAGAACAUACAAAAGUUUGGUUGAGAACUCGACGAGUGCGUAUUAAUUUAUAAAAAUAAUAAUGGAUGAUUUCAAAUUGAUACGCGAAGUACAUAAGCGUCCAUUUUUUUAUACAAAAUGUCAAGCGGGCUAUCGAAAUUCCAAGCUUCGCAACAAGGGUUGGGCAGAGAUCGGCACUAUUUUAAAAUCCUCUGGAGACGAAUGCUGCUCACGCUGGCGUGUAAUUAGAGAUCGUUAUGUCAAAUUGAUUGCCAAAAAGGCCGCAAAUAAAAAACUGACCGAUAUUGAAAGUAAUUGGGAGCUUUACCCACACCUGGGUUUUCUGAGAGCCCAUAUUCAAUCCAGAACACAUAAAACUCAGCUUAAAAAAUCUGAGUCUAACGAAGAAAAUGAAGAUUCUCUCAUGUCAAUGCCUGACAUGGAUUACGAGAAUACUUUACCCAUUGAAAUCGCCACAGUUGAAUCUUUGCAUCAAACGCCAGCACGCGUACUUGAAGCAUCUACACAGCUUAGUGAAAUACAAGAAGACCUCUCAACUUUUAUGAAAAAUGUAGAAGAACUUCUGAAACAACGCCGUACAACUCCAGCGGUAGCUAAUAAAAAUGAGGCUUUCUAUCGAAUGGUGGGCGCAAAGCUGGCUGAACUGCCGGAGGAAGAGCAAGAAGAGACGAAAUUGUAUAUUAUUUCACAUGUAUUCGAAAGGGUUAAAGUGUUUAAACAGCAAAUGAAGUGUACGCAAAAAAUCGGAAAAACAUGAGGAAAUCAUGCAAGCAUCCAUAAAUAUGUAGAUAUA